CCUCUGGUGGGCCGGCCGGACACCACGGGCACUGUAAGCCCCGGAGUGGCCGCAGAGGCGGUGGACAGCCAGCGGGCAUGAGCGCGUCCCUGAGCCGGGCGGCUGCGGCUCUGCUGCGCUGGGGGCGCGUCGCGGGUGGCGGCGGCCUGCCUGGAGCCGGCGUGCGGGCGGCGAGCUCCGGCGGCCAGGCGGAGCAGCUGGACGCGCUGGUGAAGAAGGACAAGGUGGUGGUGUUCCUCAAGGGGACGCCCGAGCAGCCCCAGUGCGGCUUCAGCAACGCCGUGGUGCAGAUCCUUCGGCUGCACGGUGUCCGCGACUAUGCGGCCUACAACGUGCUGGACGACCCGGAGCUGAGGCAAGGUAUUAAAGACUAUUCCAACUGGCCAACCAUCCCGCAAGUGUACCUCAACGGCGAGUUUGUGGGGGGCUGUGACAUCCUUCUGCAGAUGCACCAGAAUGGGGACCUAGUGGAGGAACUGAGAAAGCUGGGAAUUCGCUCUGCCCUGAUGGAUGAGAAGGACCAAGACUCCAAGUGAGGCCUCCGGGCCAUCCUCGGGGCCAGAAAAGCCUUACUGCGUGGUGGUGUCCUGUUGCUGUGAGCUUGCGCUGGGCCUCCUGGCUUGCAAGUGGGCAGGUGCUUUUCCUGUCUCUGGCCCAGAACACCCUCUGGUGAACUUACAACCACUGCACUGUAAAUCGAUGUCGUGAUCCUGUGUUGCUGUAACCCCAAUCUGUUCUUACAUUGAGUUUAUUCUCUGCCAGCUUCGGGAGUCGGUCCUGAUCUUGUGGUUUGGGUUGUAAAGAUGGCAAAGCCCCCGAUGUUUUUGUAACUUCCUCUAAAGGGAAAUGAUGGACAGAGAAGAAAAUGUGGUGGCUAGAGUGUUGUUUUUUAAAAAUAAAUUGCCAACACAGA